UUAAGAUGGCGGCUGAUUUGAAUCCUCCGGAGGCGUUCUCUCUUCCAAAACAACCUAAGAAAGGUGGCAUGGAUGCUCCCCAGCUUGUUCCUCCAUCUCACUUUGAGACGCCUCCAGCGGAGGACCCCUGGACACAAGUCAGGAAGUUAACCAGGGACGUACUGGACCUCCGGACAGAGAACCAACAACUCAGACAAGCAAGAACUGCUGUAAUACCAACUGGAGAGGAAAUCAGAGCCAGGGUUGACUUACACAAAUCUGGGAAUGGGGAAACAACCAGGCACCUGCAAGGGAUCAUAGACAAACAGAUUAAUGACAUUGUUCACCUAAAGGCAGAGCUGACAGCGUUGAAGGCAGAACACAGUAGAGAAGUGCAGGUGCUGCAGCAGCAGGUGUCAGCUAAGGACAGACAGCUGGAGGAUGCAGCUGUACAGGCCAGGAGGAGACUGGAGGAAGCACAGAGGAAACACCAAGAUGAGUUGCACAAGAUCAAGGUAGCCCAUGAAGAAGAAGUCAGAGGAGCCACAUCAUCACUAUCCAGUCUACAGAAACGGCUGGAAGAGAACAGGAAUGACUAUGAGCAGAGGCUGGCUGAGCUGGAAGACCAGAUAUACAGGUCUACCCUGGAGAAGGAAGAACUUCAGGAGAAAGUCAGGACCACAGCAGAGGAGCUACAGUCCUCCAAAAGCCUGGUGUCCCAGCUCAGGGCUCAUCUCACACAGAUGGAGACAGACAGACAGGCAGCAGAACAGUGGAAACAGGAGAGGGGGGAGAGACUCAAGAAGAUACAGGAUCUGGAAGUACAGGUUGAGAACUUACGAUCUACUGAACAGUUGCUGAAUGUGAGACUAGCUUCCUUCACAGACAUCCUCAGCAUACAAGAGGCAGACAUUACAAAGAGUAAGUCAGAUGGUAGUGACAUGAAGAAGAGAAUGAACAGCCUGCUGACCCGCUGGAGGGAGAAGGUGUUUGCCCUGAUGGUACAGCUCAUGUUACAGGAGAUAGUGCACAAGAAGGACAUCGCCAACUACAAACAGAAGGUUGCAGAUCUGGAGGACCAGUUGAACAGCAGCACCAGUCACAGCGAGGUGCUGUCCCACAUGCUGGCCGACAGGACAGCCGAGCUACAGAUGGAGAGGUCACGAGUACAGACCCUUCAGGCCGAGGUCACCUCCACCCAGGACACGGCGGUCAGCCUCCAGGACAAACUGGACGCACAAGUGGCUGCUAACGGUCAGCUGGCUGACCUCACUAAAAGGACAUUUGAGGCAUUUGCAGCCCUGGAGGAGAAGUUACAGGCUGGAGGCUCCAGAUUGACCAGUUUUUCUCAGAGACUGAACUUUGCCGUAGGAAGACUAGACAUGCUUCAAGGCUUGUUUGCACGUAGAGAUGCCAUGUGGAGAAUGAAAUUAGAGGAAUCAACCAAUCAGAGCAAAGAAGAGGAGGAUCAGCCAGAACAAGAGCAUAAUGGGAUGCAUCCCUCCCAGCUGCAAGAGGAGCUGGACAGAGUGAGGAAGGAGAGGGACCAACUGGCCAAUCAGAUGAGAGAAGACUCACAGUUACUGGACCAGAGGAUGGCAGCAAACAGACAAAAACUUGAAGGCCAGCUGAAGGAGCAGCAGGAGACAAUAGUGCAGCUACACAAACUGAUGGAAGAGAAAUCACAGAAAUGCCAGUCCCUGGGUACUCAGCUGUCACAACUGGAGGAUGACAUCCAGGAGGCCAACCAGACUAUAGAUGGUCUGAAAACGGAGCUGGCUAAACAACAGAUAGAGGCUGAAAAAGCUGUAGAAGACAGAGGUAAGGAGGUCCAGGCAGGCCUGGUGGACCAGCUGGCUGAGAUGGAGAGGAAGGUGAAUGAUGCCAGGAGAGAGCACACUAAAGCAGUUGUGCAGCUUCGCCAGGCUGAGCGCCAGGCCGGUAGGGAGAAGGAGCGGGGACAGCAGCAGCUGCACCUGCAGGAACAGCACUACCAGAGACAGCUGCACAAGCUGCAGGAACAGCUGCGCGAGGUGGACAGGGACAGGAACAUGCUCAUGGCGACUCUGAGACAAGAGGGCCUGAUUGGUCAAUACAAGCAGCACAGAGCAGCAGCAGCUAAGGCUGUGGCAGACACACAACCACAGGGAACUGAACACACCACUGGGCCUGGGACUGUCAGCAAGCAGCAACCUACAGGUACAUCUUCAGAACCUUUGAGCUCUGUAGUUGAGGACCUGCGUUCACUGACUGCAACAGUUCUGGGAGAGGGGGGAGACACGGAUAGCAGCGAGGACUGA